UGCUGCGUGUUGCUGAAACACACCGUGUGUUUAUGUAAACGCGUGUGUGGAGUGUGUGUUGUGAGAGUGUGUGUGAUCAUGUUCUCUCCGCUUGCCUAUUAAAUUGCUGUCGGAUUCAAUGACACAUGAUUAAAGUGUGUGUGUGUGUGUGUGUGUGUGUGUGUGUGUGUAAAAUGGUGGUGUAUCGGUUCCUCGGUGUCGGCGGUCCGGUGCUCGUUACCGGUUUGAUCCCCAGAUUCAGUGCGCGGUUUUAUAAUAAUCUGACUAAUAAUAAUAAUAAUAAUAAUAAUAAUAAGUUAAAAAAUAAGAACCCGGUCCGGAGUGUGUCGGGGCUCAGAGACGCUACACACACUCUCAGUACACACACACACAGCGGAAGUGUGUGUGUCGCGGAGAGAGAAGUGCGGGUCCGAUUCGCCCCCAGUCCCACCGGGUUUCUACACCUGGGCGGUUUGCGUACAGCGCUCUAUAACUUCCUGUUUGCGAAGCAGCAUGGCGGGACGUUUAUCCUGCGUCUGGAGGACACGGACCAAUCACGCAUCGUACACGGAGCAGCACAGGACAUCGAACACACACUCGAGUGGGCGGGUAUCCCCCCUGACGAGAGUGCAUCUAGAGGAGGAGUGUAUGGUCCAUAUGUCCAGUCUGAGCGUUUGAGUUUGUAUUCUGCUGCUGCAGCAUCUCUGAUAGAAUCAGGCCACGCCUACUACUGCUUCUGCACCAAUCACAGAUUAGAGCUGCUCAAGAAGGAAGCGCUGCAUAGAGGACAGACACCACGGUAUGAUAACAGGUGCAGGCACCUACAUGCUGAUCAGGUGCAGGAGAACCUGGCUCAGGGCAAACCCCACGCCAUUCGUUUUGGUCUCCAUGCAGAGGCGGAGCCGUUUGAGGAUCUGGUGUUUGGUUGGACAGGGCACGCAGUGGGGGAGGUCGAGGGCGACCCUGUGAUCCUGAAGAACGACGGCUUCCCCACCUAUCACCUGGCCAACGUGGUCGAUGACGCACACAUGCACGUGAGCCAUGUUCUGCGUGGUGCUGAGUGGCUCACCUCCACCUGUAAACACCUGCAACUGUACCGUGCCCUGCGCACGACUCCGCCCACCUAUGCUCAUCUGCCGCUACUACUGAACCCAGAUGGAACAAAACUGUCCAAACGGCAGGGGGACAUCUACAUCUCACACUUCAGACAGCAGGGAGCGCUGCCCGAGGCACUGCUCGACCUCAUCACUAACUGUGGCUCUGGGUUCAACAGUAAUCGUAUUGGCCGAAAUCUGAAUGAGCUGAUCAGUGAAUUUAACGUCUCAAAAAUCGUGACACACUCGGCUGUGCUCGAUCUCAGAAAACUCCCAGAAUUCAACAGGGUUCACCUGCAGCAGCGUAUUGAGGAUGGGCUUCAGUGCCGCCUCCUGGUGGACGAAGUGAAGAAUCUCCUCACACUCACUUACAAUGAUCUGAUACAGGAGCGGGACGUUCUGGAUCACAAUUAUAUCCUCAGAGUACUGCACAUGAGGAAGCGUCACAUCUCAUCAGUGAAAGACCUGGUCUCCCCCGUUUACUCGUAUCUGUGGCUCCGCCCCUCUGUAUCCUGGCAACAGCUGGAGGAGAUGAGCUCUGAAUCACAUGACAUCAUUGCUCACGUUAUGCUGGUAAUUAAAGGACGUAAUGGUGAAUACACACCCGAGUUCCUCACAGCUGAACUGAAGCUCAUCGCCAAAACACUAAAGAAAACCAAAUACAGUUCAGUUAUGAAGAUACUGAGACUUGCACUGACUGGACAACAGCAGGGCCCCAGUGUGGGUGAGAUCAUGGUCUCUCUUGGUGAGGACGAGGUUUGUUGUCGGCUACAGAGAAUUUUAGAAGCAUAAUUCUAGAAGCCCACUUGUUUUGGAGAAUUGUGGAACCCUGACUGUUUUGGAGAGUUCUAGAACUCGGCAAUUUUGGGGAAACUCCACAACUCAUUAUCUAGGACUUUUCUGAUUGAGCUGCAUUUUUCUUUGUUUUGUACAAAAUAAAAAAAGUGUUUUAUGUGUAAA